AUGGAAGAUAUAGAAGAUGUUAUUCGUGUUCCUACUGCUGUUAAUUUGAGGCAAAAUCACGUGAUUGUCAGAAAACGUUUAAAAGGAGAUGGCGAACCAUUUUAUGGUGAUAGUUUUGUUCCUGGAACACAAAAAAUUUAUAUAAGAACAUGGGGUUGUACACAUAACACAAGCGAUUCCGAACAGAUGGCUGGUUUACUAUCGGAAGCUGGUCAUCAGCUGACCAACAAAAAAGAAGAUGCAUCUCUAUGGAUACUAAACAGCUGUACUGUGAAGACACCAUCUGAAACACAACUCGAAAAUACAGUUAAAGAAGCUCGAAAAUUGAAUAAGUUUAUCAUUGUAGCAGGUUGUGUAUCUCAGGCUGAACCAAAUUUGCGAUUUUUGGAAGGAAUCUCAAUAGUUGGAGUUAAACAGAUUGAGUGUGUAACUCAAGCAGUGGAAGAAACAUUGAAAGGGAAUUGUGUUCGAUUUUUGUCGCAAAGAAAACCAAAUUCCAACCUGUUACUUCCAAAAAUACGAAAAAACAAAUUUAUAGAAAUUCUUGCUAUCAGUAGUGGUUGUUUGAACCAUUGUACAUAUUGCAAAACAAAAUCUGCUCGUGGAAAUCUUGUUAGCUUUCCGCUUGAUAGUUUACUGGAACGAGCACGAAAUGCAUUUGCUGAUGGUUGCAAAGAACUUUGGUUAACAUCCGAGGAUCUGGGUGCUUGGGGUCGUGACAUUGAUAUGGUCUUGCCAGACUUACUAAAUGCGCUGGUAGAAAUCAUUCCUGAAGGAUGUAUGUUACGAUUGGGUAUGACAAAUCCACCUUAUAUACUCGAUUUCCUUGAGGAAAUUUCGGAAAUUUUAAAUCAUCCAAGGGUUUAUUCCUUUCUUCAUAUACCUGUUCAGUCGGCAAGCGAUGCUGUAUUGGCGGAUAUGAGGCGUGAAUAUACCUGUUCUGAUUUUUGCCGAGUUGUUGAUUACAUGACCCAAAACGUCCCCAAUAUCUAUAUAGCGACAGAUUUCAUUUGUGCUUACCCAACAGAAACAAAGAGUGAUUUCGAAGAGAGUAUGGCAUUGGUACGGAAAUACCGUUUCCCUUCAUUAUUCAUUAAUCAGUUUUAUUCAAGAAUUGGAACCCCAGCAGCAAAUUUGAAAAAAAUCGACACCGUUGAAGCUCGUCGUCGAACCGCAGAAAUGUCAACACUUUUCCGAUCUUAUUCAAGAUACGACAAAAAACGAAUCGGUGAAAAGCAUCGAGUUCUUGUUUGUGAAUUGGCAACUGAUCAACAACAUUAUGUAGGCCAUAACAAAUAUUACGAACAUUUUCUUAUAUCUUCGAAAAAGUGUCUCUUGGGCAAGUGGGUUGAGAUAAACAAUUACGAAGAGGGAACGAAACCUGUGGGAAAAGGUUAA